UCCGCUUUGACUGAUCGCAAAUUUUGGAUCACAUGUAGAGAAAGCUUAACGUUUGGGACCGCCUGAUUUGCCCUGCCCUGGUCCCCUGCAUUUAUUGUCUCCGGCAGUGGCGGCGCCACCACGUCUUGUAGUCUUUGGUAGAUUUGGUAAAACCUUACCUUCCGACUCUUCCUCGCUUAACUCGAUCGUCAUAGUUAUGGAGGAGCCGCGCGCAAUCAGUUUCACGGUGCAGAGACGCCGGCCAGUUUUAGUCGCCCCCUCCGUGCCUACGCCAUAUCAGUUCAAGCACCUCUCCGACAUCGAUGACCAAGACGGCCUUCGCACUCAAAUACCCAUUAUCCAGUACUAUCGCAGCAGCGGCGAUGAUCGCGACCCGGUUAAGGUGGUACGCGACGCCCUCGCUCGGGCGCUUGUGUUCUACUAUCCCCUGGCCGGUCGGCUCCGGGAAGCGGCGGGUCGGAAGCUAGUGGUGGAGUGCACCGGCGAGGGGAUCCUUUUCGUCGAGGCUGACGCAGACGUUCGCCUCGAGCAGUUGGACGAUGCUCUGCACCCACCGAUACCCUACUUGGACGAGCUCCUUCACGAUGUCCCUGGUUCCGGUGGCAUCCUCCACUGCCCCUUGAUGCUCAUGCAGGUGACCCGAUUGCAGUGCGGCGGGUUCAUCGUCGCUCUCAGGAUGAACCACACCAUGGCCGACGGCGCCGGCUUGGGCCAAUUCUUGAACGCCGUCGCUGAGCUGGCCUGCGGCGCAUCCGCCCCGUCGGUGCUCCCUGUGUGGGAGCGCCAUCUCCUGAAAUCGCGCAGCCCUCCCCGCAUCACGUGCGUCCACCUAGAGUACGAGCACGUAAAGCCGCCUCAGAUCCCCCGGUCUUCUCCCAACGACGACAUGGUGCAUCGGUCCUUCUUCUUCGUCAAAGCGGACAUUGCUCUGUUACGGAGGAGCGUGCCGGCCCACCUUCGAGAUGGUUCCCCCUUCGAGAUCCUGACCUCGUUCCUCUGGCGAUGUCGUACGAGGGCCAUCAACCCUGCUGCUGGCGAUGUUGUCCGAGUCUGCUUCAGCGUCAACGCGCGCGGGCGGCAAUUCGCUGGCUUGGGGCUUCCGCCCGGGUACUAUGGGAACGCGAUCGUUUUCCCGGUGGCGGCCGCCAGUGGCGGCGACCUGUGCUCGAGGCCUCUGUGCUACGCCCUGGAGCUGGUAAGGGCUGCCAAGGCAGCAGUGACGACGGAGUACAUAUUGUCGGUGGCCGACCUACUGGUGCUGCGUGGGCGGCCUCACUAUCAGGUGGCUGGGACGUACCUGGUGUCGGACGGUACGCGUUCCGGGGUGGAUGAAGUGGAUUACGGCUGGGGAAAGCCGGUGUACGGCGGGCCAGCAUGGGGGCGAGUGGCCAGUAUCCACCUCCCUUUCACAAAUAGCAAAGGACAGGAAGGAAUCAUAGUUCCCCAUUUCCUGCCUCGCUCCACCAUGGACAGAUUUUCCAUGGAAGUUGAUCGAGUGAUCAAAGAGACAUCGGCGAGGAGCUCUUUGUAGUCGUAGAUGAUCACAAGCAUUCCAUUUGAUUUGAAUAUUCUACUUGUAAUUUUAUGUAUACUGACACUGAAAUCUAGUGUUCCUCCAGUAUGUAUGUAUUCUGCUUAUAAUUGUAUCCAUAUUGAUAUCC